AUGUCAUUCCGCCCACGCCCAAACCCACGAUUCCUCAACCUCGGAUUUGGCGCCGGCCGUCCGCGCAUAGGGCCCGCCGGGAGUCGGGAUCAGACACACGAGCUUUCACAAUUCAGUGCAUCAACAAAGUCGCGCUUCUCAACUUCAUCUUCAUCCUCAACGCCGCUACCUCACGCCAGCCCUCGUCCCCGAUCCUACCAAUAUCAUCACCCGGGCCGCCAAAAACAGCACAACCACAAUCACAGCAACCGCUCCUGGAACCAACAACAACAACAACAAACCCGCCGCAACAGCACCAACUCCAACUCCCAAUCAAACCCCAAUGGCCCCAACCCCAACAAAAACACCAACAAAAACUCCGAACGACUCUCCCGCCUCCUAACCCGCCUCCCCCGCUUCCUCCACCCCUACCUUCACUCCCUCCGCUCCUCCCCCUCCUCAUUCAUCGUUGCUUUCUUAAUUCUGCACGAGAUAACGGCUGUUCUCCCCGGGUUGGGGUUUUUCUAUUUCUUUCAUUAUUACGACACUGGCCACGAUGGCAGCGAUGACGAGGACAGCGAGGCAAAGACAAUUGGCCGAAGAUUCGAAAGUUGGGUAAUGGGGUGGAUGAUGAAGCAUGGAUAUUCGGAAGUUAUCGACAAGAAGAUGGAGGGGUUUGAGAGGUGGUUUAGGAGGAAGGGGUAUUUUGGGUUUGAUGGAGGGCAGGGGAAGGAGGAUGGGGAUGGGAAAGAGGAGGGGAGGUUGAAUGCGGUUGAGGCAGAGGGUGGUGCUGAUGGGAAAGAAGGAGAGGGAGAAGGAAAAGAACAGGCUUUGAUGAAAAAGUGGCGGAGUGGGGAUGAAAAGUAUAGAGUCUUGGUGGACGCUGCGCUGGCGUAUGCGAUUACCAAGGUGUUGUUGCCGGUGAGGAUUAUUGUGAGCGUGCAAGCUACGCCAUGGUUUUCUGGGUGUUGGGGAGGGUGA